AUUCAGUCUGCAUUCAACCAUUAAACAGGGCGUAACUUAAUAAAUUCCGAUACGCGUAGAACUUUGAAUUCUUUAGCUGUGAAAGAAAAGUAACAAUCCAAAACGUCAAGUUUUGUAAAAAUUAAAAGAAAAUAAACUUAAUAAACGGCCAAAAUUAAUAAAGAAUUGUGAAAUUAUUUCCCGUGGCCUAAAAAUAUGCUAUAAUUUUUGUUACUUAUUAAAAAGAAUACGGGAAAUAUGUUAACUAACAAACCAAAAAGGAAAUAGAUUUUUUACAAACACACACACACACGCGCGUGCAUACAUAAAUCAUACAUUUAUUAAUUAUUAAACAAUAAAGCAAAAACAAAUAAUUGUAAUUAAUUUCGAAAAAUAAUAAAAAAAUAAACGAAAUAUUAUCUUCAUUUUGAUAACUUAACUUUGUGUGUGUCUGAGUGUGUGUGAGUUAUUUCGAGUUUUUUUCGUCAUUACUGGCUGCUGACUGGCGGCUGCAUUUGGCCAUGGAUUUUCGAAGCCUUAAUAAUGGCGGCAGCGGAAACAGAUUUGUCUGUCCCAGUGACAGACAGUUGGCAUUGAGAGCAAAAUUACGAGCCGGCUGGAACAGUUCCCAAGUCCAUGAACCUCUACGCCCCGAAGAGCAAGCCGCCAUUAUAUCUGUCAUCCAGCGCAAUGAAGAAAUUGAAAGUGCCGAGCGGCAAAGGGUCGGACGCCUGGUGGAUCGUGUGGAAAAAAUCAAAUCUCGUGCCGUAGAAAAAGGUCCGAAUUGUUGUCGACUGUGUGGUGAUGCUUUCGGUCUACUGCGGGCCCAACGCAUCAUCUGUGAGGAUUGUAAAAAGUCCGUGUGUCCCAAAUGUAGCCUCGAUAUAAGUAUACGCUACCACACGGUGGAGAAAACCAAAGAGAUAUGGCUGUGUCGGAUUUGUUCCGAGACACGGGAGAUGUGGAAAAAAUCGGGUGCAUGGUUUUUUAAAGGUCUUCCAAGGUAUGAAAUACCACCAGGCUCAACGACAUCAACCCCGACCCGACACAGCGCAUCAUCGAUGGCCACCGAGGCAUUGAUGGCCCAGCGUAGGGCUCUCAGUUGCCAGACAACUCCCACGAGAAAUGUGCGAGUGAAAAAACUCACAAUAAGGGUAUGUGAUUCCAGCAGUUCCGAGGAAGAAGAAGAGGAGGAGGAGGGAGGGGCAAAUAAAUCCAAAGAUGAGUUGGAUGGUGGUGGGGUGGGCAAUGCCAUGAAUCAAUUGGCCAUAGGCGGCUCCAGCAGCAACAUGAGUGUUAGCCCCUCGGCCAGUAGUGAUAUCAGCCCAAGUAAGCUGCAACGGGAGGAUAGCUUUCGCAUGCGAACCUUUGGUUCCAUACGCAGUUUUAUUGAUGGCUCUGGGGGAGAACGAAGACUUUCGAAUGCUUUCUUUUUCAACAAUCGCUCAAAUUCCCGUUGCGAAGGUAAUGGCCAGCAGGAAUAUGAUAACAUAUCGACGGUAUCCACAGUAUUAACGACGGCCUCACAGGGUUCGGCAACACGCCGGGAAAGUGGAAAUUACAAUACCAGUAAUAGGAGGAGCUCUGUUUCUUCUUCUUGGUCUGUGAGUGAUAGCUCAUCGGGCACUUCGGGUACCACCGGAUCCAUAAAUCACCACAGCCACCAGCAAGUAAAUGCCCAUUGUCGGGAUCCUUUGCUGGGUUGGUUGGAGGUUUCCAUAUGCUAUCGAGAAAAUGAUCAUGCCUUGGAUGCGUGUGUGGUAAGGGCCCGGGAUUUGCCACCCAUGGAUCCGUUAGGUCUGACGGAUCCUUAUUGUAAGUUGAAUAUUGUGACGGCCGAGGGCAAGCCCAAAUAUUUGAGAUGGCAAAAGACCAAGUGUGUACACAAAACCAGAAAUCCAGAAUUCAAUGAUACCCUGCAGUUUGUGGGCGUGGAACCAGAUGAAUUGGGUAAUGCUUUGCUGUAUGUGGCCAUUUUCGAUGAGGAUAAAUAUGGACAUGAUUUUUUGGGUGCUGCCAAGAUUUGUUUGUCGACGGUACACAAUACCAAUCUCUAUAGGAUAUCCGUGCCGCUGGGUCCCGAGGAUCAAUAUAGCAAUGCUGCAGAGAUGUCCCAGGAGUGGCCACAUGGAAAAAUGUUGAUUUCGCUUUGCUACAACACCAAGAAACGGGCCCUGACGGUGAAUGUGAAACAAUGCAUUGAUUUGAUACCCAUGGAUAAUAAUGGCUCCUCGGAUCCUUUUGUGAAAAUUCAAAUGAAACCCGAUUCCCAUCGCAACAAAAAAUACAAAACCAGUGUCAAAUGGCGAACUCUUAAUCCCAUCUACAAUGAAGAAUUCCACUUCGAAGCCGGUCCCCAUGAUCUGAACAAACAGUCACUGGUCUUGACGGUGUGGGACAAAGAUUUGGGCAAAAGUAAUGACUUCCUGGGCAGUUUGGUGAUCGGGCACAACAGCAAAGGCGAAAGACUGCAACAGUGGUUGGAUUGUAUACGUUUGCCGGAUCAUUAUCAUGAGAAAUGGCACUGCUUGGCGGGUGAUAAUCCGCUGCAUUAGAUGAAGCGAGAAAAUGAGGAGAAUGAUGAGGGAUUUGAUGGAACAACCAAAAGCCAAUUGAAUUGAAGCAUUUAGCGCGAUCUAAUCAAAUUGAUGUCUUUCAUUCCAUAUUUAAGUUGUUUUUUUUUUGUUUUCUUUUUCAAAAUCGAACUUUUUUAAGUGUCCUUAAAAGGCUUUAGUUAAAAAAAAAAAUAUUUAAAAAAAAACUAAAAAUGAACAACAACAGCAACAGGAACUAUCUUAUAUAUUAAAAAAAAUAAUAUUUCAAAUAAACU